AACAUGGGGGCUGUGAAGACGAAAUUCCGCACCAGACUUGCUCUCCGCUCCCGAACCCACAGCAGACGGCGUAACAUCGUGGAACAGCUCACCCGCAUCACCAACUUCCGCGAGUCGGAAGUCAAGAGCUGGUACCGGCUCUUCUACGCCGACUGCCCGGACGGUCUGCUCACGGAGCCCGUCUUCGUCAAUUUUUACGUCAACUUCUUCCUGUCCGGAGACGAAGGGAGGAAGAUAGCGAUGGCGAAGAGGAUCUUUCACGCCUUCGACAGGGAUGGCAGUGGGACGGUAGACUUUAGGGAGUACCUGACAGGCAUGAGUGCGCUCCUGAGGGGUUCGGUAGUGGAGAAACUGAAGUGGGCGUUCAACAUGUACGAUCUGGAUGGCAAUGGAGAGAUCUCCAGAGUCGAACUACACAACGUGCUGAAGCUGAUCCUGGAGCUGCGGAACCCCGAGGCGACGAUGGACGACUUGGCGGCGCUGGACAGACCCAUAGACCGGCUGUGUGACCGCGUGUUUGAGACCCUGGACAAAGACCGGGACGGGAAACUACAGAUCCGAGAGUUUGUGGAGGGGGUGAGGAUGAACCCCAGGGUGCUGUGCCUGAGUGAUGAGGAAGAAAUGUUGGCGUCUUUGACACAAGAUCACUCUCAGACUCCCCAUGCUUCGAACCUUGUGGAUUUCAGCCAAGCUUCUCAUAGCUAAGAACUCAUUUAUUCAGAAAUUAUCCAUGAGCUGGGCUAAGGCCAUGUUGAUUUGAUUAUAUGGAUGACAUCCUCUGGGAAUCCAAAUACUGAUGCGAGCGUGCGAACAAAAAUU